AUGGUUGUGGGUUUCGAUUCGUGUGAGGAAUCAAUUUGGGUACAUUCGCCUAUUGGAUUGGAGGUAUUCAUGGAAGAUUCAAAAAUUCCCAGUUGGUGUUCAGAUGAAGGUUUUUCAUCUGUUGGUGAAGGUAAUAACACAUUUGUUGCUGGUAUUCUUCAAUCACCCUCACCGACCAUGUCCGAGUCAAUUGGUGAGGAUGUAUCGGGUUUAGGAGUUGCUGUGAACAGUAUGGAUGAUGUUGCUAACAUCUUGUGGGAAUGUAUCAACGAGACUGAGUUGAAGAAAUAUCAUUUUCUUAAUCGGCAGGUUGCAUAUGACUUCUACAACUUGUAUGCUAGAGUGAAGGGCUUCUCAGUACGAAAAAGCAAGGUUUUGAGAAACAUCAAAAAAGUAAUUGUGCGCCAAGACUUUGUGUGUUUCAAGGAAGGUUUUCGUGAAGAUAAAAAUAGAAAUAGGGAAAAUCGUUUGCGGGAAACAAAGGUAGAAACAAGAUGUGGAUGCCAAGCAAAAAUGAGGAUUCGAUUGGUGGCUGAAAGUGGUAGGUGGCAUGUUGGGAUGUUUGUAGAUGAUCACAAUCAUGCAAUGCUAGAAGGAAAGCAAUCUUCGAUGUUACCAGCACAUCGGAAGUUGGAAGAAGGUGAUAUAGGUGGGUUGAUGAGUAUGCGAAGGGCUGGUAUAAGCACAACCGAAAUAUAUAAUUUAAUUGCUGACCAAUCAGGUGGUUUUGAUAAGACAAAUUUUUUGAAGGUGGACUUGUUGAAUCAAAUGACGAAGCAGAAACAGAAGGAGCAGUGUGAUGCAAAAGCUGUUCUGGUGUAUUUGAAGGGUCUUGCAUCUAGUGAUGCCGGCAUGUUCUGGUCACACGAUGUUGAUGAACAGGGAAAUCUGAAACAAUUGUUCUGGGCAGAUGGGAUAAGUCGAAUGGAUUUCCAGGUGUUUGGCGAAGUUCUUGCAUUUGAUGCAACAUACCGGAAGAAUAAAUACGGGUGUCCCAUUGUUAUUCUUGUUGGAGUGAACCAUCAUUGCCACACUAUUGUCUUUGGAACCGCAGUUUUGACGAAUGAGAAAGAGGAAAGCUAUGUUUGGGUACUUGAGCAAUUUUUGGCGGCAAUGAAGGGUAAAGAACCAAGUGCUGUUAUCACAGAUGGUGCUCCUGCAAUGCGGAAUGCUAUUAGUCGAUUGUUACCUAAAGCUCACCAUCGUUUGUGUGCGUGGCACCUUUUACAAAAUGCUCAAAGGAAUGUUGGGGAUCCUAUAUUUGUGAAAGGAUUUAAAAGGUGUAUGUUGGGAAACCUUAGUGUUGGGCAAUUCAAAAAGAAAUGGUUUGAAUUGGUUAGCGACCUUAACCUUGAAGAUAAUCCAUGGGUUCAAGGGCUGUAUGAGAAGAGGCACAUGUGGGCUACAUGUUUGAUGAGGGGAAAAUUCUUUGCUGGUUUUCGGACGACCUCACGUUGCGAAGGUAUGCAUUCACAAGUUGGUAGGAUUGUCCGUUCCCGAAAUAGCCUACUUGAGUUUGUCCAGUAUUUUGAGCGUUAUGUGAAUUACAUGCGGUGGAGAGAGGUGGAUGCAGACUACAAGUCAGUGGUAGGUGAUGCUGUUCUGCAGACAAGCGUGCGAGAGCUGGAAAAGUCUGCUGCAGAUGUGUACACUAGGACUGUAUUUCUUAAAUUCCGUCCUUUGCUCAAGAGUGGCAGCGUAAUGAAAGUUGCCUCGAUAAAGGAGACAUCAUCAUGUUUAAUAUAUUCUGUGUACAGGUAUUGCAAACCAAGUAAGCUUUGGCAUGUUGCACACGAUGAAACUUUGUCCACCUUUAGAUGUUCAUGUCAGCGGAUGGAGACGUAUGGGCUGCCUUGUGAUCAUAUAAUUGGUAUAUUGGUGCAUCUGGACAUUGAUGUCAUACCAGAGAGUUUAGUUAUGCAAAGAUGGUGUAAGACAGCCAAGGAAUGCAUGAAAGGUUACUCUGAAGCCAAUGUCAAAUUCUGGGAGUCAAUUGUUUUAGCUAGGUUGGGUUCACUUGUAAUGAGAAGCAGAGAAAUGUUCAACUUAGGGUGUGUGUCUACUGAGGACUAUUUGGAUACUGUUAAUGUAAUGGCAAAGCAUGUUCUGAAGCUGAAGGCUAAGAGGGAUGCCACAAAUGCAGCAGCUGGUGAUAAUGUUCAGACUCCAAUUGACGGGUUUGAUAAUGUUAAAAAUCCUACCGUAGUUAGGAGCAAAGGAUGUGGUGCUACCUCUACUGGAAUCAAGGGGAAAAGAAAGUGCACUGUCUGUAAGAUGGAAGGUCACAACAGAACAACAUGCCCUCAGAACAAACGUGUCAAAGUAACAGAUGGAUCUUCUAAUUUGGUGACUGAUGAAGACGCUGGUGAUGCUUAG